UUCUCCCAGUUCCCGUAGAAAAAAUAGGAUUUUAACUGAAGAUGGCCUCUCGAGGAAAAUCAGAAACUGGAAAAUUGAGGCAGAAUAUGGAGGAACAACUUGACAGACUAAUGCAGCAGCUUCAGGACCUGGAGGAAUGCAGAGAAGAUCUGGAUGAGGAAGAGUACGAAGAGACAAAGAAGGAAACUUUGGAGCAGCUGGGUGAAUUCAAUGACUCCUUAAAGAAAAUAAUGUCAGGAGAUAUGACACUUGUGGAUGAACUCAGUGGGAUGCAACUGGCGAUCCAAGCUGCCAUCAGCCAAGCCUUCAAAACCCCGGAGGUGAUACGACUUUUUGCUAAGAAGCAGCCAGGACAGCUGAGAAGCAGACUGGCAGAGAUGGACCGCGAUGUGAUGGUGGGAAAACUGUCACGGGACGUGUACACGCAGCAGAAAAUGGAAAUCCUCACUGCCUUGAGAAAACUGGGGGAGAAGCUCACCCCAGAAGACGAGACUUUCCUCACUGAAAACGCCACAGCGACCCUGAGCCAGUUUGAAAAAGUGACUGCAAACCAAGGGUCUGAAGACAAAAUAAUGGCUUUAGCUAGCUCUGGUGUGAAAACAAAGUCAUAGCAGUUCUGCAAAAAAAAGUGUGUUUUUAACUAAGACAAAAAUGUGCCAUCCAAUUAUGGAUUUUCUAAACAAUCAGUGCGCUUUUAAGUGCUACUGCAGACGCUGACACUUUUUAACAGUAUUGUUUUAUAUGUACACGUCAAUCUUUGUAAAUGUCUUUUAAUCGUCCAGAUAAAGUGUAAAAAUGUAUUUUAGGUACGAGCGUGUGAUUUGUUAAAAGGCGCGUGAAUGUAGAGGACGGCGCAGACAGUUUGUUAUUAUGAUCUUGUGGUUUGUGCAGUGAUUCUUUAUUCCAAAAUUUCAAUAUUCAACAGUGCUGUUUUUAUGAUGCUGAUUUCCUUCAGGGUGUAGUUUUAUUUCAGCUAGAACUGUGCCGUCUGCAGGACUCUGGAUAAAAUAAUAGAAACACUGCAUGUGCCAGAACUACAGCGCUUCAGAUGAUCGGAUCUGCCUCGAUUAAUAUGUACACUAUAACCAAUUUACAAUUGCAUUUAUAUAUGAAUACAUUUGUAAACCACUUGUGUGCCGAUGGGAUGUAGAGUCUGAUGAUAUCUUUAGUAAAACUUGACGAGUCUUAGCACAUUUCAACUAAACUGGUCAGAGUCUGCAGGGUGGAUUAGAGCAGCCGUCGUCCAAGAAUAUGAGAAUCAUAAAGUUUUAUUAAUAGUGUGGGUCUUCAGUCUGUUCAUGGAGAAAAUACAGAGAAAAUACAAAGAUUUUACAGGAUGAAGUAAUGAAUUGAGAGGCUUUACCACUAUUCAGUGUCACUUGGGUGUUUCCAUUAUUUUAAUGAGUCCUCUAUGCAUUUAUUAUCAUGUAAUUCAAACUGAUGACUGUAGUUUCAUAUUGACAGUGAUAGUUUUUAAACUCGCAUCAGAGUCUGUGUAGAAGUGAAUGUCACAAUGUUUACAGCAUUAAUCUUGAUAUUCUUGCUACUUUUAAUGUGAGUAAAAAGAAAACUAACAACA